CUGGACAUUUCAUAUAAAUAUUCACAACUGGCUUCUAAAAACUUGGCAUAAUGUUUCCCAGGUACACCAGUGUUGGAGCAUGUGUCUGCUUCGUUCUUUUUUUGGUGGCUGAGUAAUGUUCAGUUGUAUGGACAUACAUUUGUUUAUCUGUUGGUUCACUAGCUGAUGGAUGUUUGGGUUGUUUUCACCUUUUGGCACUGCCCCUAGUCUUACGGUAGGUGCUGUCCGGUGGCCCACGCAGCUGGCCCAGCCUGCAGAUGUACGGUGUGCUGUGACCUACAUGGUGGUGCUUUAAAACCAUGUUGAGCCAACAUCUAAAAAGGAGACUGCAAACAAAUCCAUAGUUUUAGCUUCAUUGGGGAAGGAAGUGAGCAGAUGGAGUCACCUAAUUUCCUCUCCUAAACCCCGAGAGGCCCACGGCCUUUGGAGGGGCUUGGUUUUCCAGGAACAGGUCACAGGUGGGGAGCCACAGUUGAUGAUGGGUCUGGGCCUGGUCAGAUGUGGACCAAGGCAGCCCCUUUGUGAAGGGGCAGCUGGCCUGGAAGCAGAGCAGUGUGUAGCCACUAUGGCUGCUGCCCGUGCACACGGUACUCUGCCUCCUCCGUGCCCCCAGGCCCAGGUUGGAGUCCGUACCUUCCCGGCAGCGCCAGCGGGAUGAGCAGUCUGGCCUCAGUCCUGCUCCCCCUGCCUCACACUGGUGGGCUUCAGGGAUAGCCCCCAAGGUGCUCCUGGAGCGCCGGCCUCAGCCCUUCACAGCAGUUGUGUGCAGGGGAGAAGCCUGGGUGCUCAUGUGCUGUCUUUUAAACAAUCUAGAUGAGGACGGGGACUUGGUUGCCUUUUCCAGUGACGAGGAGCUGACGAUGGCCAUGGCAUACGUGAAGGAUGACCUCUUCCGUAUUUACAUUAAAGAGAGGAAGGAGUGCCGGCGGGACCACCGCCCCCCAUGUGCUCAGGAGGCACCUCACAACAUGGUGCACCCCAAUGUGAUCUGCGAUGGCUGCAACGGUCCAGUGGUGGGCACCCGGUACAAGUGCAGUGUCUGCCCUGACUACGACCUGUGUGCCGGCUGCGAGGGGAAGGGCAUGCACAGGGAGCACAGCAAGCUCGCCCUCCCCAGCCCCUUUGAGGGCUUCCCUCACAGCCGCUGGCUCCGGAAGCUGAAACACGGGCACUUUGGGUGGCCUGCCUGGGAGAUGGGCCUACCUGGGAACUGGAGCCCACGUCCUCCUCGGGCGGGGGACACCCAGGCCAGCCCCACAGCAAACUCCGCUUCUGGUCCAUCGGAGGAUCCCAGUGUGAAUUUCCUCAAGAACGUAGGGGAGAGUGUGGCAGCCGCCCUCAGCCCCCUGGGCAUCGAGGUGGAUAUCGACGUGGAACAUGGAGGGAAAAGAAGCCGCCUGACCCCCGUCUCCCCAGGCAGCUCCAGCGCGGAGGAGAGGUGCAGCUCACAGCCGGGAAGCUGCUCUUCUGACUCCAGCAAACCGGACGGGGCCAUGGAAGGAGCUGCACAGGCUCUGGCGAAGCAAAUGAACAAGAUCACGCUGCAGUCGGGUGUGCAGCCCGAGAUGGAGUCUGACAACUGCUCGGGAGGAGACGAUGACUGGACUCAUUUAUCUUCAAAGGAAGUGGACCCGUCGACAGGCGAACUCCAGUCUCUACAGAUGCCCGAGUCCGAAGGGCCAAGCUCUCUGGACCCUUCCCAGGAGGGACCCACGGGGCUGAAGGAAGCUGCGGUGUACCCACACCUGCCGCCAGAAGCUGACCCCCGGCUCAUUGAGUCCCUCUCCCAGAUGCUGUCCAUGGGGUUCUCUGAUGAAGGCGGCUGGCUCACCAGGCUCCUACAGACCAAGAAUUACGACAUUGGGGCUGCCCUGGACACCAUCCAGUACUCAAAGCAUCCACCGCCCUUGUGACAGCUGUGCUCACCUGCUAUCUGACCCCCUUCUUGUCUCACAGUUGUGUUGAGCUUGUUAGAACCCCACGCCUCUAAGGGCCAGUUACUCUGCAUUUUUCUUUCAGAACCGGGUGGGAUGCAUGAAGCCGUUUAGGGCAGCAGGACAAGGACAGGAGGGCGUUCCCAGCGUUGUGACAAUGACUAAGGGGGCUUCCCGGCUUCCCUCGGUGCCGCUUCGUGCAGCCAGGGUGGCCCCUCAUCUCCCUGCCCUCUGCCCGCCAGGGUAUCGCCAACAGCCCAGAAUCCAUCUUGCCUCAUGGUCGUCUGCUUUUUCUUUGUUUAAAUGACUAAUAGUAACUGAUGUGCAGCUGAUUUUCUGCUAGAACCUGAUAUACUCAGAGUUCAGCUGCAACAGCCAGCAUCGCGUCAGAAGGAAGGGGUUGUCCCGCAGCCAGAAUGGGAGGGCAGGCAGUCGGCAGGCCUCUCGCGGGCACAGGAGGGGCUGCAGGCACCCCCGGUGGUCACUGAGCACUGCCCGUUUCACAGCCAUUCUAGUUCUCUCAUUUCCAAAUGUGUCGCCUGCUUUUAAAGUAAGAGGAUCCUUUGUAGCCAUUCUGUUAGCAUAUCUGUAAACCAACUGCAAUUAAAUGGUGUAAGCACUUUUAACCCAAGAUGUUGCAA